GAGGGUUGUGUGUAAAUGUAAUCUUUCAACAAGCUUAGAAGCCGCCUUUCUUCGCGUGUGUAUGUGUCAUGGCAGUCUUUCUUUCUUUUUGAAAAAUAUAGUGUAGGGGGUAGACUUGGAACUUCCCAACUCCCGUGUUUCCCUUUUAUUUAAGUCCAAAAACAGAGCACAAGAGCAGAGAGAGAGAGAAGGGGGGCAAAGAGAGGGGAACAUAGAACAAGGCAGAGAGAGAGAGAGAGAGAGAGAGAGAGAGAGAGAGAGAUUUGAAAAAGGAAAAUUAGAAAUGGGGGAGGUGGUGUUGUGUGUGGAGGAUUUGCAGUACUCGGCUUGUGAGAUUUCACGGUGCAGAAUUUGCCAUGAAGAGGAGUACGAGAGUUGCAGGAGGUUGGAGGCUCCCUGCGCUUGCUCUGGCACCGUUAAGUUUGCGCACAGAGAUUGUAUACAGAGAUGGUGCAACGAAAAGGGCAACACCAAUUGUGAAAUUUGUCUCCAGAAAUAUGAACCUGGGUACACAGCACCUCCAAAAAAAUCUCAGCCGGUUGAUGCGGCUGUGACCAUCAGAGGAAGCUUGGAGGUUCCAAGGAGGCAGGAGGAGUUGCAGAAUCCAGGCUUAAUGGCCAUAGCUGAGGGGGGAAUGCUUGAAGCAGCUGACUACUCCCAAUGUUCGUCUCCGGCCGAUGGAAGCGCCUCUUGCUUUCGAUUAGUGGCCCUUGCUUUUACGGUUCUGAUGCUUGUGAAACAUCUAGUUCCUGUGCUUACCAGCGCAGCAGGGCCUUACCCCUUCACAAUUCUCACUUUGAUUAUUCUAAGAGCCACUGGAAUUCUUCUACCAAUGUACAUAUUGAUCCGCAUAAUCACAGCAAUUCAGAACAGCAUCGUCAGGCGACAAUAUCAUGAUUCUGAUGAUGACAUUUCCAGCUUCGAUGAUGGGGAUGACAACGAUGACGAGGAUGAAGAACGACAGCUACAACAUCAUACUGAUUAACCAUACCCUUCGAGCAUUCCCUAUAUGCUUACAAUUUGUAUCGGAGCAUUGCAUCACUGCUCCUUUCAAGAUUUCCCCCCUUUUGGCCUUGUACAAAGGAAAACAAGAAAAAAGAAAAUUUAUUUAAAGAAAAAAAAAAGUUCCAAGUAUAAAUGAAAAAUUGAUUACAA